AUUUCAUUUAACAAAGUGGUGCGCGCAUACCAAACAACAAACAGCAAACGGAAAAUACAUAGUAACAAUACCUAGUAACCGCUGGUGAUAGCUGUUAAAAAUAGAAUUCCGGACAUAGUCUGAAUUCAAAGCAAGCAAAAUUGUCGACGUUGAUAUUAAAGAUAAAAACGUAAAUUCCGUUCAAAAAAUAUUCUUCGGUUUUCUCUCUCCGCCUUAGUUGUUGAGUGUGUGUGUGCGUGCGUGUCAAUUUUACAGUGCAAAAGCUCAACAUCCACCUUCGACUUUUGACGAGGACACGCGGAAACGGAAGCGGCAAACAGGGCCAGACUUAUUUCCGUUAAGUGAAAGUCAAUUUAUUGUAUGAGUCAAAAAACUGAAAGACCAGUGCUAUCGGGUCAACGCAUCAAGACCAGAAAAAGAGAUGAAAGAGAAAAAUAUGACCCAACGGGAUUCCGUGAUGCGGUCAUUGCUGGGCUUGAAAAAACUGAAGGCGACUUGGAACAAAUCUCUAAAUUUCUAGACAGCGCGGGCAACAAGCUCGACUAUCGUCGUUACGGUGAAGUUCUCUUUGAUAUAUUGAUUGCGGGUGGUCUAUUAGUGCCUGGCGGUUCCAUAUCUCAGGAUGGCGAAAAGCCGCGCACAAGUUACUGCAUCUUCGAUGCUCCCGAGAGCAUGGAGGCCAUGCGCAACCAUGAGCAGGUAUUUGUCAAGCUCAUCAGACGGUACAAGUACCUUGAGAAAAUGUUCGAAGAAGAGAUGGGUAAAGUUCUAUUAUUCGUAAAGGGCUUUACCCCAAGUGAACGCAUCAAGCUUGCGCGUAUGACUGCGCUCUGGUUAGUUAACGGGUCUGUACCACCAAAUGUAUUACUGGUACUGAACAACGAGCAUCUGAUCAAGGAUGGCAUUGCACUAGAGUUUCUACUAGAGCUGUUCCAGACGUUCAAGCAAGAGAAGGGCAUUGCAUAUCUGAUUCAGGCGCUUAAGAAGGGUGGACUGGAAAGCAAACUAAUGGACUUUUUCCCACCAAACAAACGUACUGAGGAAUAUUUUAAACAAGUUUUUGUUGACAAGGAACUCAAUGAGAUCAUCAAGCUGCACAAGGCUCAAGCUAGCCAGGAGGCUAAGCGCGAGCUGCAGCAGGCUCUCAUCGAUGAUAUCAACGAUGAGAAGGCCCACAAUGAGAUAACCGCUGACAUUAAGGAAUUCUCCCAACGCAACAACAUUCCCGAUCACGAGAUAAUUACUAUUAUUUGGUCCACCAUUAUGUCAUUGGGCGAAUGGAACAAGAAGGAAGAGCUUGUCACCGAUCAGGCCGUUCGCCAUUUGAAGCCUUACUGCGCUCUGUUGCAGGCUUUUGCCUCCACCGAUCGUUCGGAAUUGGCGCUGAUCGUUAAGGUUCAGGAAUUCUGUUAUGAGAACAUGAACUUUAUGAAGGCCUUCCAGAAGAUAAUCUUAUUGUUCUAUAAGACCGAGGUUCUGUCCGAGGAGAUUAUCUUGCGCUGGUACAAGGAGCUCCACUCCAACAAGGGAAAAAUGCAUUUCCUCGAACAAAUGCGCAAGUUUGUCGAGUGGCUCCAGUCAGCUGAAGAAGAAUCCGAAUCUGAGGACGAACAGAAGAAUGGCGAAUAAAAAUGUGGCUAUUAACAAUGGCUGAAAGAACAAAACAAACGGCGCCGCCCCAACAUACCCCCAGACCCCAUCCUCUUGGUAUUUGGACCCAUCCAUCACCUGCAACAGCCAGUCGAACUUUUAAAACCACCACCCCUAUGAAUAACGUCAUUUUGAGAAACUCAACCUAUAUAUAACGAUUCAGAAAUUCACCAAUAAAGGAGAGAGAUUUAAACCGUCAAGUUAGAAAUUGAAAGUUGAUGUCCUUAUUGUCCGAUCUUAUUAUUCAAUUUAUCUGUGCCCGUAUCUGGACCCACAUUCGCUUCCCGCGUUGGUGGCAAUAUCCCAAACGAACAUUUACCGGAUAAAAAUUUGUUAAUAAAGGUUUAACUUUUUAGAAGUAUCUAAAAA